AUUUUGCGUGUUAAACACAAGACUCCAUCACAGCAAAAAUUUAAAAAUCGUAAUUUUAGAGAACCCAGAAUUUCUACAGCUAUAAAAGCUUCUCCUCCUUUCGUUUCUCAGCCUCUAUUUGCAGCCACAAUAAUGGCUUCUCUAGUAGCAAACGGCAUCUCAAGCUUCUCUUCCCAACUCAUAACCGAUCCACAGAAGCUGUACAAGACGUUGCCUUUUCAUCCAAAACUGGAUUCUUUGAGAUUCCCAAAUUCGAAAGCGAGGUCCUUGAACAUCCGAGCGGAUGUCGGGUAUGAAUCAAAGAAUAUGAAUUCGAGUCCGCCAGGUAACGCCUCUACUUCAACUUUAACAGCGGUUAGUUCCGAUGAUAAAAUCAGAGAGAUUCUGCGAAACACCGAUUAUAAAGAGAAGUUUGGCUUCUCAAUUAAUAUAGAUUCUCUUUCGAUUCCUAAAGGGCUCUCAAAUGAAACGAUCCGGUUAAUUUCUUCUCUUAAAGAAGAACCGGAUUGGAUGUUAGAAUUUAGACUGAAAGCUUUUGAGAAGUUUUUGAAGAUGAAAGAACCUAAAUGGUCUGAUAAUCGAUACCCAUCUAUUGAUUUUCAAGAUAUUUGCUAUUAUUCUGCACCCAAGAAGAAACCCACCUUGAAUAGCCUAGAUGAGGCCGACCCGGAACUCGUUAAAUACUUUGACCGAUUGGGUGUGCCUCUGAAUGAGCGGAACCGAUUGGCAAAUGUUGCAGUAGAUGCAGUUUUGGAUAGCGUAUCGAUUGCAACCACUCAUAGGAAGACUUUAGAGAAGGCUGGUGUCAUCUUUUGUUCCAUAUCUGAGGCCAUAAGGGAGUACCCGGAUUUGGUUAAGAAAUAUCUGGGGAGAGUUGUUCCUAGUGAAGACAAUUACUAUGCAGCUUUGAAUUCUGCUGUCUUCAGUGAUGGUUCCUUUGUUUAUAUACCUAAGGAUACCAAGUGUCCUAUGCAAAUUUCAACAUAUUUCAGGAUUAAUGCAUUAGAAACUGGACAGUUUGAGAGGACUCUCAUAGUGGCCGAUGAUAGGAGUUCUGUAGAGUAUUUGGAAGGCUGUACCGCUCCUUCUUAUGAUACAAACCAACUUCAUGCUGCCGUGGUUGAGUUAUAUUGUGCUGAUGACGCUGAGAUAAAGUACUCCACGGUGCAGAAUUGGUAUGCUGGUGAUGAGGAAGGUAAGGGUGGGAUUUACAAUUUCGUCACCAAGCGAGGCAUUUGUGCUGGACCUCGAUCAAGGAUAUCGUGGACCCAGGUGGAGACAGGGUCUGCAAUCACCUGGAAGUACCCUAGUGUUGUUCUAGAGGGUGAUGAUACUGUGGGAGAGUUCUAUUCAGUUGCUUUGACAAAUAAUUAUCAGCAGGCUGAUACAGGAACAAAAAUGAUACACAAGGGAAAGAAUACAAAAAGUCGGAUAAUCUCAAAAGGCAUAUCAGCUGGAAAUUCAAGAAAUUGUUAUAGGGGGCUUGUUCAGAUUCAGUCAAAAGCAGAGAAUGCUCGAAACUCAUCGCAGUGCGAUUCAAUGCUUAUUGGUGACCUUGCAGCGGCCAACACGUAUCCAUACAUUCAGGUGAAGAAUCCCACUGCUCGUGUUGAACAUGAAGCCAGUACCUCAAAAAUUAGUGAAGAUCAACUUUUUUACUUUCAACAAAGGGGAAUUGAUUACGAAAAGGCCAUGGCUGCUAUGAUUUCUGGGUUUUGCCAAGAUGUUUUUAAUAAACUCCCUCAGGAAUUUGGCGCUGAGGUGAACCAGCUCCUGAGCUUGAAGCUUGAAGGAUCAGUUGGCUAAGCAGCCCUGUGAGAGUCUCAAUAAAAGGUUAUAUUGAUUCAAGUAACUUAUCAUUUACGGAAUAAUUACCAUGUUCUACAAGUUGGGUAGCAGUUUUUGACCUUUCUUUGUAAAUACACCAUUCGGAGUUCAAAGCUCUAUACUUUUCUGUUCUGGAUGGUAAUUUAUAGAUGUUACAAGGACAAAUGCAGCCGUUUGUAUACGCCUAGUACUUGCUUCAGCCAAGUUGAUAACAAAUUUUGACGUGGGAUGUUGUACACUUGUAUCGACUCCAGAUAGAAGUUUCUUGCUGUUCUUUCUGCAUCGCUGUAUCAGAUAUCUUCUUCUGCAAUUCAUCUUCAUAUAUAUUCUCUUCUCUGUUCCUCUA